AUGGCAACCGUGUCGUUGUGUGGGCGGCAGGGCGACGCCGAGCUGGGCAUCCCCGUGCUGGACCCGCUGGUGGUGGACGAGUGGGAGUUCGCCGUGGACGAGGAGCCGCUGGUGUCCGCCGAGGGCUCCCUGUCGCAGGCCAGGCUCGAGGGCCUGGGCGCUUUCGUGGUGGAGAAGUCCAAGAUCUCCAUCAGCGUCCUUCCGCCGCGCGCCACCGUCACCGUGGGCGUUCGCGUGCCCGCCGUCAGCGCCGUCGGCAACUACCGCCUCAGCGGCGAGGCGCACACGCGCAUGCGCACUGACAUCAGCGUCGACGCCGACGGAGACUUCACGGUUGUUGUUAAGGACAUUAGCUUCCUUGUCAAGGCUGUUGUCACUCUGAGCUUUAAAGUGAAGAGUGUCGAUGUUACUCUGGGAUUGGGCGAUGUCGACAUCAACGUGCAGGGCGCUGCUGCUGAACUGAGGAGUCAUCCCGUCUUCAGCAGUCAGCUUCACCUCACCCACACUUCGUCUCGUCCUGCGCCCGCGCGCAACGGCGGCGCACAGCAACCGCAUUAA